AUGGCGAAGGAAAAAAAGGGGAAAAGCGAGUCCAAAAAGGCCAAGUUGGCCGAAAAGAAGCAGAAGCAGGAGAAGAAGGCGGAGAAGAAGGCCAAGGUGAAAUCCGCAAAGAUCGAGGGCAGCGACGCCGAAGAUGUCGAUCUCGACGCCGUUCUCGAGGAGUACAAGAAGCAGCAGGAGGCGUUCGUCAAGGUGACGGAAAAUGUCGUCGAGGACCCCCCGCGCGCCCGCGCCGCCUCUACCCUCAUGGCUAGUCCCUCCAACAGCAACCAGCUCCUCCUCUUCGGCGGCGAGUACUUCAACGGCGCCCUGGCCACCUUCUUCAACGACCUGAUGGUCUACUACAUCGACCGUGACGAAUGGCGCUGCGUCACCUCGCCCAACGCUCCGCUCCCCCGGUCGGGCCACGCCUGGACCCGCGGCGGAAACGACAGCAACGGUGUCUAUCUCUUCGGCGGCGAGUUCUCGUCUCCCAAGCAGGGCACGUUCUACCAUUACAACGACUUCUGGCGCCUCGACCCGUCCACCCGCGAGUGGGCGCGCAUCGAGACCAAGGGCAAGACCCCGCCCGCCAGGUCCGGUCACAGAAUGACUUACUACAAGAACUACAUCAUCAUGUUCGGCGGAUUUCAGGACACGGCCAACCAGACCAAAUACCUCCAGGACCUGUGGCUGUACGACACCCAGAACUUUGUCUGGCACUGUAUCACCCCGCCGCCGGCGCAGCUGAAGCCUGACGCGCGGUCCAGCUUCACUUUCCUCCCGCACGACCAGGGCGCCGUUCUCUACGGCGGCUACUCGCGCGUGAAGGCCACGGUGGCGGCUGGUAAGCAGACCAAGCAAGGCGGUAGUUCAGGCGGUUCCAAGAAUAUCCUCAAGCCUAUGGUCCACCAGGACUGCUUCUUCCUGCGCAUCACCCAGCCGCCCGCCGACGCGCCGCCUAACGCGGCACCUACGAAGCCGGCCAACACGCCGACCCCGACGCGGGCGGGCGCCACUAUGGCCUAUCACAAGGGCCGCGGCAUCAUGUUUGGCGGCGUGCAUGACGUGGAGGAGAGCGAGGAGGGCAUGGAGAGCGAGUUCUUCAACCAGCUGUUUGCGUGGAACAUUGAGCGUAACCGGUUCUUCCCGAUGGGAUUGAAGAAGGCGAGGGCACCGGGGAAGAAGGCUGGUGCUGGCAAUGGUGAGGGAAGAGAGAGGGUGGGAAGGAGAGACAGAGCGAGGCAGAACGAGGAGGAAUUGCUCAGGCAGCUGGCAGCGCUGCAGGCAGGCGCGAAGGGUAGCUCAGAUGAUGCGGAUGAGAUGGAGAUCGAGGCCAUUCUGAAGAAACAGAGGGGCGAGGAAGAGGAGGAGGAGGAGAAGGACAGCAAGAAAAAGGUCAGGGAUAUGCCGGUGUCGAUGGAGAUGCCACAUCCGCGAUUCAAUGCCCAGCUGGCGGUGCAGGAUGAUGUGCUGUAUAUCUACGGCGGCACGUUUGAGAAGGGCGAUCGCGAGUUUACGCUGGAUGAUUUGUAUGCGAUCGACCUGGGCAAGAUGGAAGGCUGCAAGGAGAUCUUCAAGAGGGAGGGCGAUGAUUGGAUUGAAUCCGAGGACGAAGAUGACGAUGAGGACGAUGAGGAGGAGGAGGAUGACUCGGAUGAAGAGGCCGAUGGCGAAGAGGACGCCAUGGAAAUCGACGACAAGAAGGCCAAGUUCACUCCUAGCGAGAGAAAGAAGAAGAAGGCCAAGGAGGGUGAAGAGGCGCCCGUCGCCGAAGCUACUCCCGUGGCUGCGGCUCCCGAAGAGGAGGAGGAGAGCGAGGAGACGAGGGUUGAUGACGGCCUGCCGCAUCCUAGACCCUUCGAAUCCCGCCGUGACUUCUUCCAGCGCACAUCGGCCGAGUGGCAGGAGGUUCUCAUGACCCAACUCCGCUGGAAGGGUAUCCAGCCCGAGUCGCUUGCCGUCAAGGAGAUCAAGACCAAGGCAUUCGAGCUCAGCGAGGAGAAGUGGUGGGAUUGCAGAGAGGAGAUUACGGCGCUCGAGGACGAGCAGGAGGCUGCGGGUAUUGGUGAGGUGGUUUCGCUUGCGGAUAAGGCGGGCGCUGGAGGUGCUGGUGGUGCUGGCGGUGCUGGUAGGAGGAGGUAA